ACCACACAAAAUGAAAACACUCGUUUACUCAGUCGUUGAGUUCAUUUCAUUGUUGAGGAAGAGAUGGCGCAGCUUCCCUGUGACCCCGACGGCGUUUGCAUGCGAUGCAAGGAGAAACCCCCUUCUUCCCAAACCCUCACUUGCCGUACCUGCGCCACUCCAUGGCAUCUUUCUUGCCUCACUGAGCCUCCGGUGUCCGAUUCCGACACCCACUGGGAGUGUCCUGACUGCUCUGACCUCUCCAAUCCUGUCCCCGUCGCUCCCUCCGACGGCAUUCUCCUCGCCGUCCGCGAUAUUCAGUUAGACACGUCGCUCUCCGAACAACAAAAGGCUAAAAAAUGCCAAGAAGUGCUCGCCGGUUCCUCGGAUCUGUCUAAAGACAAAAAUUCCGAUAUCUUCGACGGGAGUUUCAACUGCUCUAUUUGCAUGCAGCUGCCUGAUAGGCCUGUCACGACACCGUGUGGGCAUAAUUUCUGCUUGAAGUGCUUUGAGAAAUGUAUCACUCAGGGAAGGCACAAUUGUGCGAAUUGUCGAACUCCAAUUCCUGCAAAGAUGUAUAGUCAGCCAAGAAUUAACUCUCAGUUGGCUAUGGCUAUUCGAUUGGCUAAGGCAGCGAGGACUGGGCAGUCUUCUGGGCCUCCUAGAGUGCAUCACUUUGUGCGCAAUCAGGAUCGCCCAGAUACUGCCUUUACCACUGAUCGGGCGAAGAAAACUGGAAAAGCUAAUGCUUGUUCUGGUAAGAUUUUUGUUACGGUUCCACCCGACCAUUUUGGUCCUAUCCCAGCUGAAAACGAUCCCAAGAGGAAUCGCGGGGUUUUGGUUGGUGACACGUGGGAGGACAGGAUGGAAUGUCGGCAAUGGGGCGCUCAUUUACCUCAUGUAGCUGGUAUCGCUGGGCAGAGUAGUUAUGGUGCCCAAUCUGUUGCGCUCUCUGGUGGUUACGUGGAUGAUGAGGAUCAUGGGGAAUGGUUCCUUUAUACUGGCAGUGGUGGAAGAGAUCUGAGUGGAAACAAGCGCACGAACAAACUUCAAUCUUUUGACCAGAAGUUUGAAAACAUGAAUGAAGCUUUGAGACAAAGCUGCCGAUUGGGUUAUCCUGUUCGUGUUGUAAGGUCGCAUAAGGAAAAACGUUCUGCUUAUGCACCCGAAGCUGGGGUGCGUUAUGAUGGGGUCUAUAGAAUAGAAAAAUGCUGGCGCAAGGAUGGAAUUCAAGGCUGUAAGGUUUGUAGGUAUUUGUUUGUGAGGUGUGACAAUGAGCCAGCGCCGUGGACAAGUGAUGAAUCUGGAGACCUUCCACGCCCACUACCUGAGAUUGAGGAGUUAAUUGAUGCAAUUGAUAUAACAGAAAGGAAGGACGAACCAUCGUGGGAUUAUGAUGAAGAAAAGGAGUGCUGGUUGUGGAAGAAGCCUCCCCCAGAAAGCAGGAAAUCAAUGGACUCUAGGUCUGGAGAUGGUUCAAUAGUCAGAGUUAAACGGAAGUCGGACAUCGCGUCUGAGAGAGAAAAGCUGCUGAAAGGGUUUCGUUGCGGAAUAUGCCGCAAGGUGAUGCAGUACCCCAUUACUACACCUUGUGGUCACAACUUCUGCAAAGCCUGUUUGGAGGGUGCCUUUGCCGGAAAAAGUUUGAUGAGGGAAAGGUCACGUGAAGGUGGUCGCAGUUUGCGAGCACAAAAGAAUGUUAAGAAAUGCCCAUCAUGUUCUAAUGACAUUGCUGACUAUCUUGAGAAUCCGCAGAUUAAUAGGGAAAUGAUGACCUUGAUAGAAUCAUGGGGAAAGAAGCCUGAAGAAGAAAACCCUGAGGAUUCAGAUGAUAAUGAUGAAAAUGAUGAUAACGAUGAAAGUCUGGAGGAUGCAGCCGAGGUUUCAAAACCUUCUGAUUAUGGUGAUAAGGUUCUGGAGGAAAUCAAGGACAAUGAUCUGAAUCAGCAACACAAGCGCAGGAAGGAGUGAAAAAUGGCUGCUGGUUAUUUUGGUCCUUUGCAUUUUGGCUUUUUAUUUUGUUGUAAGGGUUAAUGUUGUUGUAGUUUUUUGUUGCCAGCAUAAGUUGCUAGUUCUGAACUCUGUCUGCGUUUUUCUUAAAUUUUAUCUUGUCUGUUUCGUGAGCUUUAUGCGAUAUAAAAUUGGUAUUUCCUGUUA